AUGGACUAUUUGACUAGACUUCUUAUCCAAAGGUCUAAGAAGAAGGGGUUCAGAUUCCACCCUCUUUGUAAAUCAUUAGGCCUUGUCAACUUAUGCUUUGCGGAUGAUCUCAUAAUCUUUUGUAAGGGUAAUAAUAAGUUUGUUCAGUUGGUGAAAGAGGCUUUCCUUCUAUUUAGUGAUGCUACAGGUCUUGUUGCCAAUAAGGCUAAAUCAACGGUGUCCUUUGGGGAUAUCUCAACUACUUGCAAACAGAGACUUGCGAAUAUUUUACAAAUGGAGGAGGGAUCCUUCCCUUUGAAAUACCUUGGUGUGAAUCUAAGACCAACCAAAUGGCGAGCUGCUGACUGUGGUAUUAUCAUCGACAAAAUUCAUAAGCACCUGCACACCUGGGCUAGUAGGAACCUCUCUUUUGUCGAGAGGGCUCAAUUGAUUCAUUCGGUUCUCCUUGGAGUCAUGAAUUAUUGGAUGAGUUUGUUUGUGCUUCCUCAGAAAAUCACGGUGAUUAUUGACAAAUGUUGCAGGGACUUCCUUUGGGGCUCCAAUGGAAACAGAAGUAAAAUGCACAUCCCCUCAUGGGAGAAAGUUUGUCUUUCCAAGAACUCUGGAGGUCUUGGAUUUAGAGAAGGGAAGAAAUAG